AUGUUUUCUGCUGCUGCUUCACAUCAACAUGAUGGCAUCUCAAAAGGAUCGAGGCGCCCCUCACUCUCUGGAGAAUAUCGCUCGUAUCGCGCCUAUCCUAAACAUGUUUUGAUUGGCCUGCCGACAAGAACCAUGAAAAACGGCCGGCCACUUCUUGACACUAGUAGCUCUCUUGGGAGUAUUGUAGACCGCUUCUACCUCAACUUGGUGAACAACAAACAUACGGGACACUUCACCAUGCUUGACUAUAAGGGAAUUUUAACCAACAUUACGGGUUUCACGAAGACAAACUUCUACGUGGCGUUACGACGAGGAGGCCGGAAUUCUACCAACACCUCGGUCACUUCCUCAGGAACCACUUCUUCCGCUUCAACAUCUCGGCAAGGAGGCCAACAACAGGAACGGGGAAGAGAUCAGGAAAAGAGCCGUCGUCACGUUCGUUUGUCGUCAGAGGAGGCUAGAACAACAACAAUCAUGGGUCGUGAGGCUCGUGAAGAUGGAAUCUACACAGAGGAGAAUGGUGCUGGAUCACCAUUUGUCGUAGUUGUCUCUCGUUACAAUCUUGGAGACAUGAAUGUUGAAAAAGAAGCUGACAAAAAGAAGAAGAAGGGGAGAAAGAAUCAUGAACUCAACAUUCCAAAACGCGACAUGUUUGCUCCAGACUUUGUUAUUCAGCCGGAUGAGGAUCUUCCAGGAUUCACACCGAUUGUUAGCGAUUUCGACUCCGAUGAAGAUCUAUAUGAAGCAGAAGAGGAAAACUUCCGUCGCGCAUCUCUAACUAUGCCACCACCAUUGAUGGGAUGCAAUCCAGAUGUUCCAAAUGAAUACGAUCCAGUCAUUGGAAUCAUCUCGAUUCAAGGAGUGCCGAUUCCACGCAGCCGUCCGAUCGACAUUGUGCCAAAUCGCGAGCCACCGUUUCAUUUUUUUGGGGUAAACGGUGAUCUCCAAGUCAUGCUGAUAACUGAGCGAAUGUACGAUGUCUUCAAGGAAAGAGUGCGCACCAAAGGAAAGAAACAAAUGUUCACCUUGAUGGAGAACAUGGCAAUGGCACUCACCUGUGGUCAAAUGUGUGGACGACUGGUGCCAGUUCAAAUGAUGGACGAGUCCCUCUUCUACUAUGACUAUGAAACCGUCACUUUCUUGUCUAAAGAAGAACUUGUCAAUCUUUUGAUCCUUUGUGAGCCGGAUGAUAUUGAAAACAACUCAGUGGCUGCUUCGUAUCCAGAUAUGUUCUAUCGUGAAAACCCAGAGCAUAAGCUGGAGAGAAACAAGUUCUACCAGCACUUGAUGGAACGUUCGAAGAUUUAUCUCCGUCGUACUGACUACAUGGUUAAGAUGAAUCAUCAGGAUUUCACAGUUCCAUUUGUCGAUACUGUGGACACUGAGCAAAAUCAACGCUUGACCAUCGAACGCCAGAUCAAAGACAACAAGCUCAAGGACAUUAAGAAACUUGACGAGCUCAUUGAAUCCAUCAGCCAGAAUCUCGAAGAAGCCGAACGUCUUCAAGGCCUUGACUUUGUUCGUCGUAGCACUCUAGCCCUCUAUGACGCUCGUGUUGUUAUUCCCUCAGUCAAUUAA